CACUGAUACAAUAAUAUAAUACCGAACAGAGACUAUAUUGGCUGCAUCCUAGCGUGAUCUUCUUCCCUACUGCUCUCGUCCAUCAACCGCUGGGAAAACACAUCUUUUCUGAGUCUUCUCUCGACAUGGCCCAGGUUGGCUGCUACACUGUCCUCGCCCAAGAGGACUCAACCUCCAAUUGAUCUUGAACAGCCUCCUGAGCAUCAUCUUGGAGUGUGGCGGCCGUUUGAUCUCUCUCUCGCCUCUUCCGCUCGUUUCCCCCCCACGCUCUCUUGUGUACCAUAGCCCAACGGAUUCUCCCGUUUGCCUCUCUCCACACGCUGAACUCCAGGCUCCUUCUGGUCCCUCGUUGCAUAACGGCCGAUUUUCCAGCUCUUAUUAUACUCAAAAAGCUAGCCCUACCACCCCGUUGUAUCUUUACUUGGUGAGCCAGUGUUACCAGUCUGAAACAAAUGUCCAGCGAGAACUGGAUUUCACCUCGUGGCCAUGGUCACACCAAAUGGAGACUCGCGAUAUUACCCUCCCGGGGGCCAUGACGGUACAAAUGGACUCCCGGAACGCCGUCGCAUGCCACCGCCAUGGCCGCUCGAGAACACAGGUUAUGCUGUUCCUACUCCAACAACAGCUCCGGAGGGCCGGAUACCGCACUCUCCUCGAACCCCUGUCACUGCCCGAUAUCAACCGGCGCAUGGCAGUCCACAACCACAGCCUUCGACUCCUCAGAACGAAACCUUCCACCCUCCACGGUCUCCGCCUCUUCAAUAUGGCCUUGGGUCUCCAUAUGGCGGCAGGAUAGCAUACCGAUCGCCGACUUAUCCGACGUUCACACCGGACCAGAUUGGACAAUGGCCGUUGGGGCCGAGGGAACCGCAUGAUCGAUGGACACCUCCAAGACGCCCACCUGGUCGUCCAGGGCUGCGCAUUUCCAUGUCAAUGUCAAAGCUCAACAGCAGACGUCCCAAUUACUUCGUGGAUGACUAUCAUCAAGUAGAUACCAGUCCGCAAGCCCUCAGUCCUCCCUCCUUGGGUCCGCCCAGGUUCCCUUCCCAUGUAUCCGACAAAUAUGGGGAUGACCCCGGCAGAUGCAGUAUGAAUUCCGCUAUGACAAGUUCGAGUGUUGAGCAAACUAGCGGGACAGAGCGGAGCAGUGUUAUGACAAAGAGUAGCUCGGUCACGGACUUGUCGCCAGACACGCCAGAUGGGCCGUACGCACCUUACGAGAAAGACGGAGGCAUGAGCGUUGAAGAUGCUAUCUCCAUGUAUCUGGACGGGUUUAGUGAUGUGCCAGAGGAGGAUACCGAUGAGGUAGAGCGGCAGGACGUCAUUGCCACAGGCGACUCUGAUCAGGCAUCCGGCCCUACAGAGACUGAUGAGGAAUUCGAAGUAUCGUCACCGAGAUAUGAGAUCGCGGCGGAAGAUGAGCAUAACUGGUCUUCUAAUCCUACGGAACUCGACGAGCAAGCGGAAAGGCGCACAGAGAGCCUGUUGGAGGCUAUGGGCACCUCGAUGGGGGAUACGGCAGAGAUCCCUGAAUAUGAGACAGAUAAUCCGAGUCCGGGAGAUCAAGCUUGUGAAGAGUCGGUCAGACCUCCGGUGCAAGAAACCAAGAUUAUUGUCCCGGGUGUCGUCCCACCGCCCUUGCUCUCGGGGUCAGGGGACAGAGACCGCUACGGAUUCCGCAAGGCAACCCAUCACGUCACCAUCGAUCAAUAUGAAUCCUGGAAUCGACAAUACACUAAAUUUCAGGAACAUCGGAAAUUGAAAUGGCGCGAACUACUCAAGGAGAGUAACCUGGACGCCACGGAUCCCUCCGCCUUCCCUCCCAAGUCAAACAAGAUCAAACGUUAUAUUCGAAAGGGGAUACCUUCAGAAUAUCGGGGUGCUGCUUGGUUUUGGUACGCCGGCGGAUUCGACCACCUACAUCGAAACCCAGGUCUCUAUGAUCAGCUCGUCGAACGCGCCAUGGGGUCACCGACCAACGAUGACAAGGAACAUAUCGAACGAGAUCUCCAUCGUACAUUUCCCGAUAAUAUCCAUUUUAAACCUGAGAUGCCGGUCAACUCGGAGGGCAUGGAUAGUAGCUCUGGUAGCAGCAACCCAAUAUACAGCUCAGCCAUCGUCGAAACAGAGCUGAUCCGAUCCCUACGUCAUGUGCUGUAUGCUUUCUCCCUUCAUAACCCCAGGGUUGGCUAUACUCAGUCUCUCAAUUUCAUUACUGGCAUGCUCCUUCUCUUCCUUCCGGAGGAGAAAGCGUUUUGGAUGCUACAUAUUAUUACAUCCGUGUUACUUCCAGGCACCCACGAAAUCAGUCUUGAAGGUGCCAACGUCGAUCUCUGGAUCCUCAUGGUCCUGUUGAGGGAAUCCCUUCCUUCAAUCUACAACAAGGUUGCCAGCGCUGGUCCAACGACAUCCAAGACCAAGGUCCCAGCGAUGACCGUGCAGACCCGGUUGCCUGAUGUUACGCUUGGUCUAACUAACUGGCUGAUGUCGCUAUUCAUUGGCAGUCUUCCUCUGGAGACUACUCUUCGCGUGUGGGACGUUUUCUUUUAUGAAGGCUCAAAGACUUUCUUCCGAGUGGCGCUCGCGAUAUUCAAAGCAAGUGAAAAGGAAAUUCUCGCCGUGUCUGACCCUAUGGAAGUUUUCCAGAUAAUACAAACCGUGCCUAAGAAGUUGCUGGAUGCAAAUUCGUUACUCGAGGAGAGUUUUGCACGACGAUAUCGUGUUGGUCAGGGUAGGGUCGACUCCCUGAGAGCAGCGAGACGGGUGGCCGUCAGAGAGGAAAAGUUGCGGCGAUCAAUGAUGGGCAAUGCAGGACCGCUGAAUGAAGCGGCCCGACCAUCGACGAGUCGAGCCAAGAGCCCCAUGCCAGCCUUAGAGCAUGGCAUCGCAGAUACAUGGCGCAAUAUGAAGCAUCACGCCUUUCGAUGAGGCCUGCAAGCGUUGGGUUAAUAAAAGAGCAAAAGAAACGCAAAGCCCACAACAGCAUUAGAAUUCGUUGAGCGAUCCUUGUCUUGCCUUUCUUACCAGUCUUUCUGCCGGCGAUGGAUGUGACCGUUUUGAUACCCCGAGGACUCCUAGGCUUUUCUAUUAUUAUUCUUUUUUGGGACCUCUCGUCGACGACGUACAUUUUUCUCUCUAACUUUGCAUUCUCUGUCUAUAGACCUAGCGAUAGAAUUCUUCUGAACGUACAUACAUAUUUCUAUGAAGACCUCGAGUCAGUGUUCCACACGCAUUCUAUGAAUACAUAUCUUCCUAUAUUAUUAUAUUUAUCUGGCAUCAGAGGUAAACAAAGAUAGCUAAACAAAUGUGAAGCCUCUGCGAUCCAUGC